CACGUUUCGCAUCUGAUAAUUACAUCUAGUUCAAGCACUAGGGCCCCCCAUACUGGAGCAAGCGGAGCUAUGAGCAGUUCAACAUCCACUUCUAUCUGGUAGAAUACUGCUGGGGGGUGACUUCAUACCUGGAUAUUUUUAAAUGAAAUCGGGUUGUCACCGAAGUCGCUCAGCUCAGCUAUACGGAAUAAAAAGUCGGAUUCAGAGAGAGAGAGAGAGAGUUCAAGGAUGUGGAUAUGCAUUUACUAUAGCAAAUCAGAAACUUACAAGCAAUAGUCCCAGAGGCACCCAGUUAUUCCAACUUGAUUUUUCGACUCCCAGGAACCAAAGUGCGGACCUUAUGCCGUUCCGACCUCUGCUGAUGAACGAGCCAAUGAUCACACAUAUAUGGAUCAUAGGUGCUUGCGCACUGGCAACAGCGUCUCACGAAGCCCUGGCACUUGAGCGAGAGCACUCGCCACAGCUCACCUAUACAAUAAGUAGCGUCAAGAACGGAGCGUGGAAUCGAAUGACGCUGCUCAGACCCACCUUGACGACUCGGUAUGGCUUUGCACGAACGCCAAUUAAAGUUUCGAAAGUCGUCAAACCGUUCUCCGUCGUAUUUCUCACAGUAGAAACGCAUAGUGUGGUCCUCGUCGUAGACUACGUGCACGGUGUCGCCAGAAGAUGGGUAACGGGUCAGUGCAGUCUCAACGUAUCCGAUAUCGUAGCGCAAGACGAGGGACCACGUCGUGCGGACAGUGGUCAGGGUCUCUUGACGGGAGAGCUUGAGCGAGAGUUUCUGGAUGUUUGGGAAGCAGGUACGGAGUCCGAUGAAGUUACGUUGCUUGCAGAGGAUCAUGUAUAUCUCUUUGGCUGGAUCGGCGGUGGAGCUGUGGAUGUUGGGCUGGCAGGUGAUGGCGCAAGUGGAGUCGGGCAGAAGGUCGCCGUAGAUGACGGAUGCUUGGGAGUGGAUGAGGGCAUGUUUGAAAACCAGAUUCCAGAGAGAAUGUCGUCGAUUAAUUCGGGUGGUAGUGCUGAACUUUCCAUGAUAAGUUAA